UACGUCACAGAGGAAAGUCGUGAUAAGACGCCAGGUUACCAGCUGUCUCUACUUUUGCUCUCGUUCUGCCCUAAGUUCUACUCAAUCUAGAGAACUUAACCGACACAAUGGCCGACGCUACGAAAGAUAGCUCGUCACCUAUAGCUUCGCAAGCUGCAGAGGCCCAGGUUCCGACAUCCGGAGCCCCGGAGGCUGUUGUGACGGCUCAGGAGAGUGCCGACCAGGCCAACGAAGACGCCAUCUUCAACAUCACUGUUGUUCUUCCUCACGACCCCAAGAAACUACAGGUCCUGGUCUCUCCGCAAGAGCAGGUCCACGAGGUGCGACAAUCCAUUAUAGAACAUCCAACUGCCCUCGAAUACUCCUGUUUCCACCUCGAACAUAAGGGGGAGCGCAUCAACGAUUUCGUCCAGAUCUCCGAAGUCAACGAGCUCGGUCCCGACUCUGAAGUACACCUGGUGGAGGAUCCUUACACAGAGAAAGAGGCUAGAAUCCACCUGGUUAGAAUCCGGGAGCUCAUUGGGGCUGCUGGGGAUCGGACAGACACCGUCCAGGGGAUCCUCGCUGGCGUGUCCCUCUUCGACCAUGUUGCGCCUCCGUCCGAGGAGUCUGGCGAGGCCACUGCCAUCAAGGAGUACGAUUUCAACACUCCAGCUUCCCUGGCAACACUUCUCCCGCCUCAGAGUGACCCGGCCCCGAAAACCGUCAAGGCUAUCUCGCUGUCCUCGUGGAACCCGCCGCCCGCCCACCUGAGGCAGAAGGGCCACCUCUUGUACCUCAUUGUCACGACAAAUGAGGGGGAGCAGUACCAGAUCACGGCCCACGUCGGGGGUUUCUAUGUGAACAAAUCCUCCAACAGCAAAUUCGACCCCUUCCCCCGGGCCGCACCGAAAGGCCACUCGGCCCACUCCCUGCUCGCCCUGAUUAAGGAGAUAUCGCCCUCUUUUGACUCUUCCUUUACCCAGCUCCAGGAGUACAGCAACCGAAGGGACCCCCUGGCCACUUUUCAAAUUGGGAACUCGAUCCCGUCAGCUCCUUGGCUCGUACCAUCUUCUGCGUCGCCCAUCUGCUCACACACCCCGGAUAUUACCCGCACGCAAGAGGCCUUCUUGUAUGGCGGCGUGGAGAACACGGACACUCUGAGGGACUGGAACGAGGAGUUCCAGUCUGCGAGGGAACUCCCUAGGGAUACAGUGCAGGAUCGAGUCUUCAGGGAGCGCCUCAUCUCCAAGCUCUUCGCCGACUACAACGACGCUGCCGCUCGCGGAGCUGCGCUGGUUGCGCGUGGAGAGAUCGCGCCCCUCAACCCAACCGAGGGUAAGGACGCCCAGAUAUUCGUCUACAACAAUGUCUUCUUCUCUUUCGGCGCAGACGGUGUUGGCACCUUCACUUCCGAGGGCGGGGAUGAGGCAGCGCGUGUUGCCACAGGCAAGGAUGUGCUGGGUGUCAAGCUGGUAAACCAGCUCGACAUCGACGGCCUCUACACCCCGGGCACUGUGGUUGUCGACUACCUCGGCAAGCGUAUUGUUGGUCAAAGCAUUGUGCCGGGCAUCUUCAAACAGCCCGAACCCGGCGAGAAUCAGAUCCAGUACGGCGCCGUCGACGGCAAAGAGGUGGUCGCAGCAGAGGACAAGUUCGUGCCAGUCUUUGAGAAGCUGUCUCAGGCUCUCAGGGUCAAGAAGCAUACUGUUUGGGACAAGGACGGCAAGGAGUUCGACCUCGUGUCCAGUGUCGAGAUGAAGGGGCUCCUGGGAACCGACGGCCGAAAAUACGUGUUGGAUCUGUAUCGCAUUACGCCCCUGGAUAUUGCUUGGCUGGAGGACGAUGAGCACCAGGGCCUUGAGUACCCGCAUCGCAUGACCGUCCUCCGCCCCGAACUGGUCGAAUCGCUCGGGAAACAGAAGGCGCGGGAGUACGUCAACGCGGAACUUGUAAAGCGUGGGCUCCUGAAGGACAAGUCAGCAGACACGGAGUCGAAAGAGGAGGGCAAGGAUGAGCAGGGCGAUGGAGAUAAGACGCAGCCGGCCGAGUCGGAAACUUCCAAGAGCCCUGAAGAGGACGAGGAGGUGAAGGAGGAGGCGACGGAAGCGACGGCGAAAGAGGAUGACAAGAUCGAUAUGGCGAAUUUCAAGUUCGCUCUCAAUCCAGACGUCUUCAGUGGCCAACUUCCACAGACCGACGCCGAGAAGGAGGCUAUGGCCAAGGACGAGCAAGACGUCCGAGACGCCUGUAAAUACCUCCGCGAUGUCGUCAUCCCUGGCUUCUUGAACGAUCUUAAGGAGUCCGACAUCAGCUUCCCAAUGGACGGCCGAUCGCUUACCCGCAUCCUGCACAGACGCGGCAUCAACAUGCGAUAUAUCGGCAAACUCGCAGAAUUGAGCGAAGGUACCCGUCUGCAAUGCCUGAGGGAGGUCUGCGUCCGAGAGAUGGUAGUCCGGGCUUUCAAGCACGUCUCGGCUAAGUAUCUUAGAUACCUGCCGUUGCCCCUGACCUCGGCGUGUAUCGCCCACCUCCUAAACUGCCUGCUGGGCUCCGGCUUGAAUCCCAAGCCCGUUGCCGACAUUGAAGAGUCGUUGAAGGUUCUCUAUGACGAUGCGGACUUGGCCUUUGAGAAGGUUACCCCAGCGAGCCUCCGAGAGGCCAUCCAGGACGAGGCUGCUCGCCGGUACCGGUACGCUCUAGAAGAGGGCUGGCACAACCAGACCAAGCAUCUACAGCUGCUCCGGGAAGUCUGCCUGAAGUUGGGCAUUCAGCUCCAAUCCAAGAACUUUGCUUUCGGGCCGGAGACGGACGCGAAUGCUGAGAAGCCCUCAGCCGAUAAGGCCGCCGUCAACGGACAGGCCAAUGGCGAAGGGAAGAAGAAGAAGAAGAAGAACGCACGAGACGGAUCCCCGGCUUCUAUUGCAUCUUCCACCACCGCCCCGCAUACCUUCACCCCCGACGAUAUCGUCAACGUCGUGCCGAUUGUCAAAGAUUCCUCCCCGCGUAGCACUCUCUCCGAGGAAGCCCUGGAGGCCGGACGCAUCUCCAUCUACAACGGCCAGAAGCAGCUGGGCCAGGAACUGCUCUUGGAGUCUCUCUCCCUGCACGAGCAGAUCUACGGCCUUCUCCAUCCAGAGGUAGCACAGGUCUACCAUACCCUCUCGCAGAUCUACUACCAGCUUGACGAGAAGGAGGCGGCCGUAGAUCUCGCCCGCAAGGCCGUCAUUGUGUCGGAGCGAACCAUGGGCAUCGACUCGGCGGAGACUGUGUUGGACUACCUCAACCUCAGCCUGUUCCUCCACCAGCUGGGCGACAGCAAGGGCGCCUUGGUAUACGCCAAGCACGCUCUCGACCUGUGGAAGGUCAUAUACGGCCCGGACCACCCGGACACGAUCACGACCAUCAACAACGCCGCCGUCAUGCUACAGCACCUCAAGCAGUACCACGAGUCGCGGCGGUGGUUCGAGGAGUCCCUGCGCAUCUGCGAGCAGGUCUUCGGCAAGCAGUCGGUCAACUCGGCCACGCUGCUGUUCCAGCUCGCGCAGGCGCUCGCGCUCGACAACGACUCCAAGGGCGCCGUCAACCGGAUGCGCGAGAGCUACAACAUCUUCCUGGCCGCCCUGGGGCCCGAGGACAAGAACACGAGGGAGGCCGAGAGCUGGCUCGAGCAGCUGACCCAGAACGCCGUGUCCAUCGCCAAGCACGCCAAGGACGUCCAGGCCCGCCGCCUCCGCGCCGGCAUCCGCUUCACGCCCCGCGACGUCAGCCUCGGCACCCCCUCCAGCUCCGCGGCCGGCAUCACGGCCGGCUCCGGCGCUCCGGCGCCGUCGCAGGGCACCAUCGACAGCCGGAGCAUCGACGAGCUCAUCAGGUUCAUCGAGGGCACCGACAAGAAGAAGAAGAGCAGCAGCGGCGCCGGCGCCGGCAAGAAGCGACCGGGCCGUGGCAACCCCAAGCGACGGGGAGGUGCCAGUGCCAGUACCGGGACUGUCAACACCACUGCUUGACGAGCCGGGCUACCAUCCGUCAAUCCAUCGAUCAAUCUAUCCACUCAUCCACUAGACACCAUCUGGGAUAUCUCGUCUCGAAACAUCAUAAACAACAACAAAUAGGGGAAAAAAUGGGCGGGAAACCAAUCUCAUUAUAAGGACGGAAAGGGGGCCGUGUGUGUAAAAACAACCAUUCCAAGGCACGGGUUUUAGAAAAACGGUUGCAUAAAA